UUGCUAUAAAUUUCUGUGCGCAGUUUCGGUGAACCUACGCACCCUGACGAUGGUGGUUUCGGAAGAGAUGACAACCCAUACGAAGGAUCGAUGUUUGGCGACCCGUGGGAUAUGUUCCGACACCUUGACAGCGUCUUCCGCAACUUCGGGCUGACCGAGUUCCCGCCUUUCCCUCACGGGAGCGACGUACCCGCUAUAGAAGGACCAGGCCCCAGUGAGCCGGGUCACUUGCGUGAUCACAUGCUGAAGGUUCCAGACUACCGUGAGCCGUUCCUGAAUGCUCCGGAUAUGUUUCCGCACAUGCCACCUGGACCUGCCCAGCCAGAGGAAGUUCCAUACAGGGACAUGGAUCUGGACGAGCACGUGGCUAGGAGCGGCCUGGACAGCCUAUUGGCCCCAGUUCCGUUUGAGGCACCUCAGCAGCCUCAUCAGCCUCAUCAGGCCCCUGCUUGGGGAGGCAGCAGUUCACUGCGCACCUUCUCUUCGCACAAUGGGAAAAUUCAAGAACGCACAGUUGUCAGGGAUGCCCAAGGCAAUGAAGAAGUUACAGAGCGCAGGAGCCUGGGUGACCAAUCCAUGACUGUUCGUACAAUCAGGAGACCAGAUGGAGUGACGGAAACUCAGGAACAGUACGUAAACAUGGAUGAAGGCGAUAAGGCAGCAUUUGAGCAGAUGUGGCAGAGUUCAGCUGCUGGUCCUUCAGCUGCAAGUCCCUCUGACCACAGUAUAACCGAUUCGGCCAUCUUCCGCCGACUCUUUGGCCUCCUUCCUUCGAACAGGCCGCAAUAAACAGUGGUUUUACAUGUCUGCAUGGAAGCACUACAUGCCCGAUGGACAAAGCAUGUGUAAUAAUACAAGUUAGAUAUUAGGUACGACCAAGAGUUGCUGCAGAGGUACCAACUUGUGAUGCUGCUAUUAAUAAAGAAACAUAAUUUGAUGCACGGUUGAUGCAAAAGCACCCUGAGGAUGCACUAUUGCUGAACAAGUAAAACAAGGCUUGUAUGGUUUUUGUGAACCCAGUUUUGCUGGACAGCAUUGUCAAAUUCUGUUCCAAUUUCCUGUUUGCUUGCUCUUCGAAUCUUGGGACGAUGUAACGUGAACCAAGUUCUCUGACUUUGAGGCCAUAAAGUGACCAUAUUGUAAGGUUGAAAAACUGUAGUAUUCACAUUUUCAUAUUGUCAGUUGUUACCAUGCCUUAAACUCUAUUGCGAGCUUUUGUAAUGACGAGAAUUUUGUUUGUCGCUUGUUACCGUGCUUUAAGCGUUACUGUGUUGCUAGGUUUCGCAAUGAAGAGAACUUUGUGCUCGUGUAUACUAGUCACAAUGGCUACUAUUUUUCCUCUGUGCAAAAACUGACGCAUGUUGUUUUUUGUUUGCUUCCUUUACCUGUAGCUUGUGGGUUACUGUACAUCCAGCUUAACUAACGUAAAGAACUGUGAUACCUAUAACUAUGCAGUGUAUUAUGAUGAAUUGCUUGUGUUUUUUCGAAAGACUUCAAAGGCAUGUUACAAUAUAGUCUUGUCACACUAGUGCCUUUCCUUUUUAUUAACACUUUACGGAUCUUGGGAGAAGUUACUGCGCCAACUUUUAUUUUAUUGUAGCUGCACUACUUCAUUGUUGCUUGCAUUUUAUAUUUAUUUGCUUGAUGCUUACCUAAUUUGUCUUUUAGGGGUCUGGUAUUGGUGAUGGCACUGCUGUUCUGCUGUUUCUAUGUAGUUUUUCUGUUUCAACGUGUACCCUUGUUUUAUGUGCUAAUAAAAAGUGUAUUUACUCUGUU